AUGGCUACAAGUGUUAAGAGAAAGGCUUCAGAUCCAAACAUCGCUGAAGGGCACAAGAAACGUUCUACACAGGCAAACACAAUUGAUAGCGCGCCAGAAGGAGACAACCACAAUGCCCCAGUGACCAAUGACCCUCUAGUUCCCGAACAAGAAAAUGGUGACGAUAACGGCGCUUCUGAUGAUAGAGAUAUCACCGCGAAGAACACUACUUCCCGUCGCAACGGAAGAGCCACCGCAACAGAGUCUCAUGACAUUCAUAUUGCUAGAGAAACCGCGGAAUUGUUCAAAUCUAAUAUUUUCAAGUUGCAAAUUGAUGAAUUAUUGGAGCAAGUGAAGUUAAAACAGAAACACGUUUUGAAAGUUGAAAAAUUCUUACACAAACUUUAUGAUAUCCUCCAAGAAAUCCCUGAUUGGGAAGAAAAGACACUGGCUGAGGUAGACUCCUUCUUCAAAAAUAAGACUGUUUCUGUUCCAUUUGUUGACCCCAAACCUGUACCUCAAACUACAAAUUAUAAAUUCAAUUACAAGAAACCAGAUAUCUCUUUGAUUGGCUCUUUUGCUCUUAAAGCAGGUAUUUAUCAACCAAACGGCUCUUCUAUCGACACUUUACUUACAAUGCCAAGUGAAAUGUUUGAAAAGAAAGAUUUCUUAAAUUUCAGAUGCUUACACAAGAGGAGUGUUUAUUUAGCAUACCUAACUCACCACCUAUCGAUAUCCUUAAAGAAACAUAAACUAGAUUCAUUUUUGCAGAUCGAGUACUCAUAUUUUGAUAAUGAUCCACUUUUACCGAUCCUAAGGAUCUUUUGUUCAAAGCCAACAAGUGAUUCUCCAUCUGAAUAUAACUUUUACAAAACCAGAUUCUCAAUCAAUUUAGUUAUUGGUUUCCCAUACAGAGCCUUUGAACCAAAGAAAUUGCUACCCAAUAGAAACUGUAUUAGAAUAGCACAAGAGAGUAAAGAAGUGUCUUUACCAGCUACUCCCCUUUAUAACUUUUCGGUGCUAUCUUCAACAACACAUGAAAACUAUCUGAAAUAUCUAUACAAGACCAAGAAGCAAACAGAAUCAUUCAUAGAAGCUACUGUGUUGGGUAGAUUAUGGCUACAACAACGCGGAUUUUCAUCCAAGAUGUCUCAUUCUGGUUCAUUAGGUGGAUUUGGUACUUUUGAAUUUACCGUUUUAAUGGCUGCAUUAUUAAAUGGUGGUGGUGUCAAUAGCAACAAGAUUCUGCUUCACGGCUUUUCAUCCUACCAACUAUUUAAAGGUGUAAUCAAAUAUUUGGCUACAAUGGACUUAUGCCACGAUGGCCAUUUACAAUUCCAUUCUGACGCAGAGAACUCUUCUAGUUCGUUCGCUUCUAAAUAUAUCGAUGAAGGCUUCCAAACUCCAACUUUAUUUGAUAAAUCCACCAAGGUUAACAUUCUUACAAAGAUGACCGUUUCCUCUUAUCAAAUUCUAAAGGAAUAUGCUGGAGAGACAUUGAAGAUGCUAAACAAUGUCGUCCAAGACCAGUUCUCAAAUAUUUUCUUAACUAACGUCAGCAGUUUUGAUAAUUUAAAGUAUGAUCUAUGUUACGAUAUACAGUUACCUUUAGGUAACUACAACGACUUGGAAGCUUCUUUGGCUACGACAUUUGGCUCAAUGGAAAGAGUUAAAUAUAUUACCUUGGAAAAUUUUCUGGUACACAAGAUUACAAAUAUUGCAAGAUACGCGUUAGGCGAUAGAAUCAAAUUUCUUCAAGUCGAAAUGGUCGGCCAAAAAUCGAACUUCCCAAUCACCAAAAGAAAAGUUUACUCAAACACAGGAGGAAAUCACUUCAACUUUGAUUUCUUAAGAUUGAAAUUAUCAGUCAAUCCUGCUGAAUGUGAAAAACUGGUCACCAAGGGUCCUGCUCAUUCCGAAACGAUGUCUACUGAAGCUGCUGUCUUUAAAAACUUUUGGGGAAUAAAAUCAUCUUUGAGAAGAUUCAAAGAUGGCUCUAUUACACAUUGUUGUGUUUGGUCUACAUCCUCAUCAGAACCUAUUAUCUCCUCUAUUGUUGACUUUGUAUUGCAAAAACAUAUCUCGAAAAAGGUGCAAGUGUCAAACGAUAUUACUAAGCAAUUUCAAAAUUUUCUACCAUUACCAAACUUACCAUCAAGUGCUAGUACAUCUGUUUUGAACUUGAGUAGUUUUUUCAAUUUAAAGAAAUCCUUUGAUGAUAUUUACAAAAUAGUUUUCCAAAUGAAACUACCACUUUCUGUAAAAUCCAUCUUACCAGUUGGCUCCGCAUUUAGAUACACUUCCUUAUGCCAACCAGUACCAUUCGCAUACUCAGAUCCUGAUUUCUUUCAAGAUGUCAUUUUAGAAUUUGAAACCUCACCCAAAUGGCCAGAUGAGAUAACAUCUUUGGAGAAAGCUAAAACCGCUUUCUUACUCAAGAUUCAAGAAGAUCUAAGCACCAACCGUCCUACUUAUAAGUCGUUUUUCACAAGAGACGAAUCUAUUCCCUACAAUUUAGAAAUUGUUACUUUGAAUAUUUUGACACCAGAAGGUUAUGGGUUCAAAUUCAGAGUUUUAACUGAACGUGAUGAAAUUCUUUAUCUGAGAGCAAUAGCAAAUGCUAGAAAUGAGCUAAAGCCAGAGUUAGAAAACACCUUCUUGAAGUUUACCGGUAAAUACCUGGCCUCAGUUAGACAUACACGGAACUUGGAGAACAUAUCCCAUUCGUAUCAAUUUUACUCUCCUGUAGUAAGAUUAUUCAAGAAAUGGUUAGACACGCAUUUGCUUCUUGGCCAUAUAAGUGAUGAGCUAGCUGAACUAAUUGCCAUCAAACCAUUUGUCGACCAUGCACCAUAUUUCAUCCCUGGUUCAGUUGAAAAUGGUUUUUUGAAAGUGCUCAAGUUUAUAAGUCAAUGGAACUGGAAGGAUGAUGCAUUAAUUCUAGAUCUAGUAAAGUCAGAAGACGAUAUAGAGAACUCGCUUGAGACUAGUAUUGGCGCUGGCUCAGAAUUAGAUUCUAAAACCAUGAAAAGGCUUUCUGAAAGAUUAACCUUGUCCCAAUAUAAGGGUAUUCAAAUGAAUUUCGCGAAUUUGAGAAACAGUGAUCCAAACGGUACACAUUUGCAAUUUUUUGUCGCCUCCAAGAACGAUCCAAGUGGUAUUUUAUACUCAUCAGGUAUUCCAUUGCCUAUCGCCACAAGAUUAACAGCAUUAGCUAAGGUAGCUGUGAACUUACUACAAACACAUGGCCUGAAUAAACAAACUAUCGAUUUGUUAUUCACACCUGGAUUAAAAGAUUAUGAUUUUGUUAUUGACUUGAGGACGCCUGUAGGUUUGAAGUCAUCGUGUGGUAUUCUUUCAAUUACUGAAUUCAAGAAUAUCACUAAUGACCAGGCGCCAUCCCAAUUUCCGGAAGAUUUAAAUGAUUUGAGUGAAAAAAUGGACCCAACAUAUCAACUUGUAAAGUAUUUGAAUUUGAAGUAUAAAAACAGUUUGAUUUUAUCAAGUCGUAAAUAUAUAGGUGUGAACGGUGGUGAGAAGGGAGAUAGAAAUGUUAUCACAGGGCUAAUAAAACCUCUAUUCAAGGGACCGCACAAGUUUAGAGUAAAUCUGGACUGCAACAUUGUUCCUGUGGAUGACGAUAAUGUUGUUUUAAACAAAGAAGCCAUAUUCCAUGAGAUUGCUGCAUUUGGGAAUGAUAUGGUGGUAAAAUUUGAAACUGAUUAG